AUGCGCUGCUGCCCGGGCUCCGCUCUGCCGGCGAGGUCCGGGGUGCUCCUCGCGCUCCUGGCCGCCCCUGCGCUGCUCCCUUUGGCCCUCCUUGUCUCGGGCCCCUGGCGGCUGCUGGACUCCCCAAUGCCCCCGAGCCUGAUGCGGGAGCUGGAGCAGCGGGAGGGGGAUUUGCGGCGCUUGGCCGCGUCCGCCCGGGCUGCUUGCGCCUUUUCUCCCGCCGCGGGCGCGUUGGGUUGCGCGGAGCUGAGCGGCGCGACGGGCGUGCGCUUGGUGGGCUCCGGGAUCACCAAGCUGGUGCAGAGGGCUGUCCUGCCCCGCGGAGGAGGCCACGAGGUCGCCCUGAAGUCCGUGCACCCGGUCGGCCGCGACGUGAGCCGCUGCGCGCAACGCUACGCGCACCCGAGCGGCUGCUACCGCCUGGCCGCUUACAAGCUGCUCAAGGAGAUGGUUCUGUUGCAGAGCUUGGAGCAUCCCGGCGUCGUCAAGGCACGUAGCACCGGUCUGGGGCAGCCAGGGGAAGGCCGACCUCAUCGGGAACUCCGCAGGAUUGAAUAAUCUGGGGGAGUAGCCCGGUGCGCGCCUUUGUGGUGCGAUCCUAUCUUGUUAGGAUUGCAACCCGCAUCGCAGGGGGUUGGACUAGUUGACCCACAGGGUCCCUUCCAAUUUAUGAUUCUAUGCUAUGAAGCUUCACUGAAAUCAGUUUGCGCUGGGAUUAAGGCUGCUUUCCUGUGCGCACUUUCCGGCGAGGAAGCCCCACCGAGCAGAAUGGAAACUGCUUCUGAGGAAGCGAAUAGUAGAUUGUGGCAGGGGCCUAAGUGGAAAUCGUACUCCGCCGUAAUAUCACUUGCGGUGGGUGACCUGUGAUAACUCACUGGGAAGGAAACGUCAAUCUGUGCAUGCUUAACUGUACUGUUAUUUAUUGUCCACGUGGCCCAGGACUUGAACUGUCACACUAAGAAAUGUUAUGGGACUGGGCGCUGUUCUGGCCUCAAACUUAACUGCACAUUCCUUGGCAUGUUUACUCGGAUGCAAUUGCCAUUCUGUUCAAUGGGGCUUACUCGCAGAUUUACAUGGCAGCAAAUCCCAAGUUCUGUGCAUCUUACUUCCAAGGAUUGUAGCUUGAAUACAUGUGUUCAAUCAUAUUUUGCUGCAAUGGGUUGCACUAUUUCUGCAUUUAUUUAUUUAUAUAUUUAUUUCAUUCAUACACCAAUUUUGUCUCCCAAGAGUCUCAGUGUGGUGUACAUGACUCUCCUCCCCAUUUCAUGUCAUCCUCACAACAAUCCUAUGAGGUAGGUUAGGUCAGUGUUUCCCAACCUUGGGUCCCCAGCUGUUUUUUUGGACUACAACUCCCAUCAUCCCUAGCUAGCAAGACCAGCAGUCAUGGAUGAUGGGAACUGUAGUCUGAAAACAGCUGGAGACCAAAGUUUGGGAAAUACUGGGUUAGGCUAAGAGUUGGUGACCGGCUCAAAGUCACCCAGUGAGCUUCAUGGCUUGAGUGACGAUUCGAACCCUGCUUCUCCCAGGUCCCAGUCCAACACUCUUUGACCAUUACACCUUUAAAUUGAUUGCAACUGGAUCCUAAAUAGUUUUAUCUUAUAUAGAACAAAGCAGUGUAUACUUUUUUAAAAAAAAUGUGUUUAAUUAGAAGAAGUGGGGUUUUUUGCUUUCCUCUAAGCCAGGCACGGCCAAACUUGGCUCGCCAGCUGUUUUGGGACUACAACUCCCAUCAUCCCUAGCUAACAGGACCAGUGGUCAGGGAUGAUGGGAACUGUAGUCGCAAAGUGGCUGGAGGACCAGGUUUGGCCACCACUGCUCUAAGCAAAAGCGAUUGCGAUCAGUCUAAGCUGAUGUAAUUCCAAGUAUUUCUGCCAGCUGAGUUUUGGAGUUGUUAAGUAGUGUUUCUCCCAUCAAAGCACCUAUACUGGCUUCAGCUGCUGUUGAAGGGUGUGUUCUCUCUUUUAAGUGAGAUAAGCCUGUGAUAAUUGCUUAUGGAGGUUAUGAAGACUAUGUUGCCUCCUGUGAUCUGCCGCUUCCCUUGUUCCUCCUUAGUGCUCCACUUCCUGGUUGUUUCUUCGCCAAUUUGUACUUUAUUAAAGAGGAACAAACCUUCCCAUGAAUUACUGUCUUGAAGUGUCUAGACUUAGAUUGCCUUUCUUCUGGGCCACUUUCCUCUUUCUCCUAGGGUAAGUAGAAGGCAGAUCUGGAUCUGCAACAGAUCUCUGUGUGCAUUGGAGUAGAUCACCAAAGCUACCUGACUCCUAAUAGUUGAACAAUAAUGUUGUUCAACUGCACACUUAAUGGCUUCUCUUGGAUUUGCAGGAGUUGUCAGAGGGAAAAUCCUUCUGAAACAGUGGUUCCCAGACCACCACCACCACUUGAAAAUUGCUGAAGAUCUUGGCGGACCUUUUAAUGGGUUUUCUGCCUGUUAUAAUGACAACUGGUAACGCGUUUUGUUAGGUGCAGCAUGAUUUUGAAUGGCAUUUCCCACGAUUUUUAUUUUCUUGUGUUCCAAUUCUGUAGAAUAUCAAACACAAUAAGAAAUAUGAGAAGUUAAAAGAAGCAAUGGAAACACAAUUAAAAAUCAAGAGGAAUAUUUAAUGUGCUGCAACCACCAUUCGUAGCGGCUGCUGUUCUUCACAGACGCACCAUUGACCACACCACCAAAUGACACUCACCACUCGUGGUCCAUGGACCACAGUUUGGGAACACCUGUUUUAUACUCUUCAAACCUAGCCAGCUUACGGAACUCAGUUGAUGAUCACUAGCUGCAAUCCUAAACCCAUUUACCUGGGAAUAAGCCCCACUGAACUCAGUGAGGUGCACUUCCCAGUAGACUUGGUUAGGCUUGCAGCCUUAAAUGGUUGUGUAUUCCUCCAGCCUCCACCCAAAGAGAUAUAGUAUUUGCCUAAAAGAAAGGGUGGGGACAGCGAAACUCUGCAGGCUUGCGGGGAAAAUGGGAAAUGUUUAAUCACAAACAUACCUUAGAUAAGUGAAGCUCUUACAUCUGCAUCCUGUAAACUCUUUCUUGGUUCAAUUAUUGUUAAUGACCUGACAGAGCUCAUUAGGGGGCGGGGAGGGAAAAGCCAUGGAAAAGGUACCUCUCUGGAAUUGAAAUUACUCUUGGCUAGGUUAAUGGUAAAUAAACAUCAAUGGGAAUGCACUGUUCUUUGGGCGGUAUAAACAUUCAACUUCAAAAUGCAGACUAAUUAAUGUUAUGGUUUCCUAUCCAGUACUAUCAGCAUGCUUGAAACCACAACCACAUAGGAAUAUUCCCACUGUGGAAUCUCCUAAGACCUGUUGAGGGUGUCCCUCUACCCCUCUGCAAAGAUCUGAAUUCCCCGGUUCUGCAAAACACACACAGAUCUUAUCUUUGAUCCAGCUGAUUCCAGCAUUUACAUCUAUAGUAACACAGCAAUCUGUGCAUUUCCUCUUUUGACAGUUGCGUGGUCAGUGCUAUGAUCCUAGCUUAGUUCCUGAAAUGAAGGUGGUCACCGUUUUGGAGUUGGGUGUUCCCCUGGAGAUGAUUCAACUUCUGCAGACCCCCUGGGAGGAGAGAUUUAAAGUAAGAAAACAAAAACAAGGAGAGCUGGGAACGGCUGUUUGACCUUAAACUAUAAUCGAAGAAAAUGACCUUCACCCAGAUUUGCUAUAAAACCAACCCUCCCCUCACUGACCAGAGUAAAAGUGUCCUUUUACUCCUUAUAGGAAGCUGCAGUGUGUGGACUAUUUGUCCAUUUAGCUUCAGUAUUACCUACACUGACUGGCAACAGCUCUCCAGGAUCUUGGGCAGAGACAUUAUACAGAAUAAGAUGGGGGAAGAAGAAGAGGGGGAGAGGGGGUUGGGGUGGUAAUAUUUAAUACGUUUGUGGGGUUUUAUGCCAGUGUCACUUGAGUAGGUUCUCUGUUCAUUUAUGUUAUAUGUAUAUGUAUAUACACACAUACACAAAUAAUAACAACAACAACAACAACAACAAUAAUAAUAAAUUUUAUUUAUACCCCGCCCUCCCCGGUCAGAGCUGGGUUCUAGGUGGCUGACACCAAUAAAAUCACAGUAAGAACAUAAUGGGGGGGGGACCCAAUUUAAAAUACAGGUUAAAAUGCAGCCUCAUUUUAAAAGUAGCCGAUAGAUCAAGACCAUAAGGGGAGGGAAACAUAAGGGUCAGACUGAGUCCAAACCACAGGCCAGGUGUAACAGCUCUGCCUUGCAGGCCCUGCAGAAAGAUGUCAAGUCCCGCAGGGCCCUAGUCUCUUGUGACAGAGCGUUCCACCAAGUCGGGGCCAGUACUGAAAAGGCCCUGGCCCUAGUUGAGACCAAUCUAAUCACCUUGUGACUUGGGAUCUCCAAAAUGUUGUCAUUUGUGGACCUUAAGGUCCUCCGCGGGGCAUACCAGGAGAGGUAUGCAUACAUCUUUCUUGGUGGUGAGAAAGGUUGGGGAGAUGGGCGUGGUUGGGUAUCUUUAGUUGGCUGCAGUGUUUGUGGGGUCUGGUGUCAUGACCAUCAGGCCAUCUGCGAAGAGCCCUGAUUUAUAGGUUUUGCCUUUUAUUACCACUCCCUUGAAGUCAGGGGCUGCCAGGAUUCGGAUUGCUAGGGGUUCAAGGGCCAGGAUGAAUAGAAAGGGGGAAGAGUGGGCACCCUUGUUUUGUGCCUCUUUGUAUUGCUAUGGUAUUAGAGUCCAUACCAUUGACCCUACAUUUUGCUGAAGCUUGGGAGUAAUAUUGUUUGAGGGUUUGUAGGAAGUUGGGGCCAAAUUCCAUGUUGGUUAAUACUGCUAACAGGAAUUCCCAUUCUAAACAAUCAAAGGCUUUAAGGGUGUCUAGGGACAUAAUCGUCAGUGGGAGUUUGGUUGUUUUUGCUGUGUUCGAUCAGGACUUAGUGAUUUCCUGAUGUGGCCAGGGAGAUAAAGGUAAAGGGACCCCUGACCAUUAGGUCCAGUCGUGACCGACUCUGGGGUUGUGGCGCUCAUCUCGCUUUAUUGGCCGAGGGAGCCGGCGUACAGCUUCCGGGUCAUGUGGCCAGCAUGACUAAGCCGCUUCUGGUGAACCAGAGCAGUGCACGGAAACGCCGUUUACCUUCCUACUGGAGUGGUACCUAUUUAUCUACUUGCACUUUGAGGUGCUUUCGAACUGCUAGGUUGGCAGGAGCUGGGACCGAGCAACAGGUGCUCACCCCGUGGCAGGGAUUCGAACCGCCGACCUUCUGAUUGGCAAGUCCUAGGCCCUGUGGUUUAACCCACAGCGCCACCCGCAUCCCUAAGGAGAUAGAUUUUAUGAAAUAAAUAAUGUUAGCCACCCCUUUUCCAUUUAUUUGGAUGCUCCCAGCCAAUAAAAGUGUAUUCACCUUCUCUUUCAGCUUUGCCUGGAGCUGGCUGAGCUGCUCCAUUACUUGGCCAAGUCUCCUCUGGGUUCCCUGGCCCUCCUGGAUUUCCAGCCCAGGCAGUUUGUCAUGGUGAACGGGGUCCUCAAAGUCUCAGACCUGGAUGACGUGAGCACUGAGGAGUUGUCCUGCGAAGGGGAUGGGGACUGCACCCUGGAAUUCCCCACCAAAAGCUUCUCUCUCAGGUGUUCUGUGCAGGGGAAGUGUGAAGGAAUAAAUGAGAAAAGGAACCUCUUCAAUGCUUACCGGUAUGUUGGGUGAUAUAUUUAUUUUUUUAAAUGCCCUCCAAAACCAGCAUCCUGAAUUUCACAGUGCUGCUAUGUUUUAAUGAUUGUGUGAGUUGUGCCUUCUUUUUAUUGAGAAUCCACUUUGGACAACUCCUUUUUGGAGACAAAAUGUUAGGGUUAAUAGCAUUUAACUGCAUGUGUAAUAUAAUUAUUUAACCGCUACAGCAUGACUCGAACAAAAGAGCCAUAUCCACAUGUACCAAAGUUUCCGUGUGCUCAUCAAGGGAUCCCCCAACUUCCCACCCAAUUGCAAACAAAUGUGUAUGGGGAAUUCCUAAGGACUUCACAACCUCUUUCUCCCAUGACUGCCUUUACCAGGAAGCAACAUGCAGAGGUUGCAUCAGGCAGAGGAAUCUAGAAAUGCCACGUCCAUUCAUAAGAAUGAGUGAGACAAAAGAGCAUAAAAGGCCACACUCUCAAUAAGGUUCCAAGUUUAAAGUAGGUGGAGCUCAGCGCACAAAGGAAGGCUUCAGAGCUCCAUUCUUCUGGGGCUGGAAUUAAUAAUAAUAAUAGUAAUUAAUUUAUAUCCCACCCGCUCCAGCCGAAGGCGGGCUCAGAGCGGCUAACAACAGUAAAAGUAACACAGUUUACAUAAAAUCACAUUCAAUUAAUAGAAAUACAUUCUAAAAUCAAUACAUUCUAAAAUCAAUUCAGAAUCAAAUUAAUGGCAAACAUUAGGCUAGAGUUCUAUGAGGAUUACCAAAGGAGGGGGUCAGACUGCGCCUCGACCAAAGGCCUGGUGGAACAGCUCUGUCUUGCAGGCCCUGCGGAAAGAUGUCAAAUCCUGCAGGCCCUAGUCUCUUGUGACAGAGCGUUCCACCAGAUCGGAGCCACAGCCUAAAAAGCCCUGGCUCUAGUUGAGGCCAGCCUAACCUCUCUGUGGCCUGGGACCUUCAAGAUGUUUUUGUUUGAAGACCAUAAGUUCCUCUGUGGGACAUACCAGGAGAGGCGGUCCCAUAGGUACGAGGGUCCUAGGCCGUAUAGGGCUUUAAAGGUUAAAACCAGCACCUUGAACCUGAUCCUGUACUCCACCGGGAGCCAGUGCAGCUGGUAUAGCACUGAGUGAAUGUGAUCCUGCAGCGAGGACCCCGUAAGGAGUCUCGCCGAGGCAUUCUGCACCCGCUGGAGUUUCUGGGUCAGUCUCAAGGGCAACCAGGAAUCAGUUCAAAGCAAAACAUUAUAUGGUCAUUUGUGGGUCAUUUAUUUUGCCAGGAGAGGCAGAGGCUGAGCCCCAAACUACCCAACCCAGUGAAUGAUUGGAGCAGAUUAAGAUAAAUAUACCAGUUACACUAAAGCCAUCUAUUAUUGUAGAACACAAAUGUCCAGUAAUCAGGGUCUGGAUGCUUCCCUGCUGCUCAGGGACUCGAGGCUUUCCAAGCCAGCAGGCACCAGGCUUUGCAGCUGCUGACCAUCAGUUGAGCACCAGCAUUUGCAAAAACCACUUUUAGCAAGGAGUCAUGCUUGCAUCUGCCCCACACAUAACAUCACACGUGAUGUUGGUUGUUGGACAGGUGUCAGGGACUGGCUAGAUGACAAGGAACGGUGGGAGGUACCAGCCAGGGAAGCCACAGAGGAGGAAAGCUCAGAGCCCAGGGUUUGGUGGUGGGACGUUAAGGAGAUGUCAAGGGGAAAAGCGGGAGAGGAAUGGUUGAAUGGUGAAGCGACAGGCUUUAGUGAGCAUGGGGAGCCUGUGACAGGCAGCAGCUCAGAUGAAAGGGGGGGAGCAAAGAGGCUGCAGGAAAAUCCCAGGAGUUUGCCUGUCCUACUGUAACAAGCUCCCCUCCCAAGGACACACGAUGCAUAGGGCAAAACAGAGAUUACAGAUGCUCUGAUGUCAUUUGAGGCUGCUUGGGAAACCUAGAGGAAGUAGAAGGCAGGGACAGUCACUCCUGGCAACAGCUCUAGAGGAGCAAGCCCAGUCAGAAGGUAUUGAUGAGCUUCACAAUGCCAAACUCUGCACCUCGUGUGCUGACCUGCAUCUGAACCAGCUUUGACAGGUGGGCAGGACUUGGCCAAAAACAGCCUCAUAGGCCACAUGGGGAAGCCUAUGUUGGCAUGCACCCAAGGAAACGGGGGCAAUUGGCAGGCUGCCAGCUGGCUCCAGCCCACUGGCCGGUGUGCCGGGCGAACUCUGCAGCCCAGGCUUUAGAAGACUGAGCACGCUAUUCAGCAGAGAAAACGCUGCACAAACAAAAGUGGCAUGAGAGGCUAUGUGAGCAUAUUUACAAGCAGGUUUAUUCAGCGUAGAUCAAGACAAAAGGAAACAUGUCUGAUCUCUUUCAUAUCCAAAGCAAAACAGCAAAGCGGAAGUUCCCAGCAUACUGUGCUGGAAUGUAAACAGACAUGUGACAUGCAACAAUUCCACACGUCUGUCCCUUAAGGUGGAACGGAAUUCUCAACAGCCUAGUGGACCUAAUGGAAGUUCCCUUGGCCUGCCAUAGCGCUUCCGUGUUACUACACUGUGUAUCUGCCUCCAUCUCCCCAGACAGCGUACAAUUGGAAGAGGCUAAUUUUGUCUAAUGCUGCUGGAAGAGGUCAUGUGCUAGUCAGAAGCUCCAUAUGGCCAGCACCUGAGAAGCAGUGUAAAUCUGAAAAGCAGAUUUCAGCAGAUUCAAAGGGAAGGCGAACCUUAAGUCAAGGACUAAAUUUGAUCAGUUAGGCAACCCGAUUCUGUUCUGCCAGAGGCUAGUUCGUGUCCCACUACAGUAGCCAGACGCAGGAGAGGCCAGUGAUCCUGCACCUUCAAUGGUUUCCAUGCAAGCUGCAUCUGCUGUAAUUGCCUCUUCAGUGCAACUAUUAUAUUUGCAGGGGCCUCGCCCUCUGCAACUAUUAGAGGUGCAUCUGGCCAGCCUAGGAAUUUUUUUUUGUUUGCUUUCAGGUCAUAAACCAAGCCUUCAAAAUUGGGAGAGAUGAGAUUCAAAACGUGUAGGAUUUUAACAACAUAUGACUCUUAAUUGCCAUGUGCUGUAGAAAUAGUUACAUAUGGAAGAUCUUUGACACAAAUACAUCUAUUUUAAAAUCUUAAAAUUCUAUCUGCAGGUAUUUCUUCACUUAUCUCCUGCCACAUACUGCACCCUUCGUUUUGCAACCCAUUUUGAAGGAUAUCUUGAAUGCCACAGGUACAUUCUAAUGGGAAUUGUGUGUUUUUAAAAAAAACGUUUUAAGUAAGAGCUGCUCUUAAUCGCCUUCCUUCUUUAAAUCAUUCCCCCUCUCCUCUUCUGUAAUUGUAGGUGAUUUGCGAUACGGAACAAAUGAAACCCUGAGAGCUUUUCAGAGAGUUUUGCAUUUAUACAAGUCUGGACUUUAUCUGCAGAAAAAGCCUUCUCAAUUGAAAGGUACAUUAUUUCACACAAUAUACGGGCUUUACAUAAUGGUUGGAUCUCAGUGGGGGAACAGCAGUUCAGUGGGGUGCCAGCACAACUCACAUUCCUUGCCUGUGGGGUGGGGUGGAGUCGCUUGGUGAUUGGCAUUGUCCUCUAAGAGAAGAACGGUAUGUUCCGGGCUGCCUUUCUGUUGAGAUGAGAUUCGCAGCUGAUCUGCUAGGGAAGAGCACCGAGAAAGGCACCGCUGAUUGCCAAAUCCAAAAUACCGGUAUCUCUCUUGUUUCCAGCUGCGUACAUAAUCGUAUCACCUUGUCUCUUCCCCUUUCCAAGACUACAUUGCCUUAAAGGGCUUCCACAGCAGGGAUACGGAGGACUACAAGUGCUGGCCAUCCUAUCGCCACUUGGGGUGCAUGCUCUCUGUUCACAACGAAGAGGAAGCUGCCGCCAUUUGCAGCUCCCAUCCUCAGUGCCAACAUUUCUUCAUCACUCUGCAGACAACGUGGACAGGUGAGGGGAAGUGACAUAAUAUUGCUAACAAGCGCCAAUCAUCUCCCCCACCCCAACUUCUUCUUCUUUUAAAAUAAGAAAAAGAAAAAAGAAAAAUGCCAUAGUUAUUCUAGAACACAGGAUCCAGUAACCUGUUCUAGGUGACACAUUCAAGAUUCACUUAAAAUACAGGUAAGCUUCCUUGCUGUUCCCUUUAAGUUACCUGUUAUACCUUCCUCGGUGUUCGCGCAGUUGUUCAAAUUAAAGCUCUUCCAGUCCUCAUUGUUUUAUUUAUUUUUUUAAUUUGCAGGCUGCUUUUCCUUGUCGAUAUGAUGAAAGCAGCUCACACAGUGCUAAGCGGUGGAUCAUUACAGCAGCCAUAAAAUACUAAAUAAUUUAGAAACAUAAAGGGGCGACUCUACAGAUAACUCCAUUUUAAAGCUUAUAUUGGGCUAUUUUUUUCUUCUCGUACCUCCAAUCCAGAGUUGCAUCUCUUUCCAUUUGUUGUCGUAAUUAUUUUUGAUCUGGAUUUUCAUCGUUAAACAGCUUCUAUAUCUUCCAACCAGUGACAGGGCGAAGUAAUCUGCUCGUUAUGCAUCGGUUCUUGUCUGAAUGCCUCGGGGGUAUUUCAAAAUGAAAGAGCACUGCUCUUUUAAUUACAACAAUGAUAUUUAGGAUAUUCUUUUUAUCUACCUAUAUCCCCAGACCAACAAAUUUUCCCAAAUGCCCUGUAAUUAGCACUGAUUAUAGCCUUUCAUUGAAGGCAGCUAGUGGGUACGUGUGCAACCAGGCAGAUAUAUCUUAUACCAUCAAUUAUCCUGUUUUAGCUGACACUUCUGCAGCCAUCUAAGCUAUUACCCUUAAUGUGAAUAAUGAAGGAUGCAGAUUGAAGCAAACUAGCCACUGCAGUUAAGGAUAGAGGGGGGAACAGAUACUGUUUGCAAGUCUCCGAAGUGUGGAAUGCCCCACUCCCAAUUUUAUGUGCCCCUACUUCUUGUUGUUGUUUAGUCAUUUAGUCGUGUCCGACUCUUCAUGACCCCAUGGAGCAGAGCACGCCAGGCACUCCUGUCUUCCACUGCCUCCCACAGUUUGGUCAAACUCAUGUUUGAAGCUUCGAGAACACUGUCCAACCAUCUCGUCCUCUGUCACCCCCUUCUCCUUGUGCCCUCCAUCUUUCCCAACAUCAGGGUCUUUUCCAGGGAGUCUUCUCUUCUCAUGAGGUGGCCAAAGUAUUGGAACUUUAGCUUCAGGAUCUGUCCUUCCAGUGGGCACUCAGGGCUGAUUUCCUUAAGAAUGGAUAGGUUUGAUUUUCUUGCAGUCCAUGGGACUCUCAAGAGUCUCCUCCAGCACCAUAAUUCAAAAGCAUCAAUUCUUCGGCAAUGAACCUUCCCUACUAGCUCUUCCUUUUGGAUUCCCCUCCAUGCAUACAGCACAAAUAGCCGUGGGCAAGGAGUUCGCACAAUCAGGGCUUUGGAUCUUAUGGAAGUAUUUGCAUAGAAUCAGAGUUGAAUGAGACCGCAAGGGUCAUCUAGUCCAACCCUCUGCAAUGCAGGAAUCUCGGCUCAAGCAAUCCAUGGCCACCCAACCUCUGCUUACAAACCUCCAAGGAAAGAGAGUCUACUACCUACCAAGAGAGACCAUUCCAUUUCUGAACAGCUGUUACUGUCCGAAAUUUUUUUCAAAUGUUUAGUUGAAAUCUCCUUUCUUGUAACUUGAAGCCAUUGGUUGGGGUUCUAGCCUCCAGAGCAGGAGGGGGGGGGGGAAGCUUGCUCCAUCUUCCAUGUUAAGAUAUUUACCUCUUUUCCAGGCUAAGCGUACCCAGCUCCUUCAACCAUUCCUCAUAAGGCCUGGUUUCCAGACCCUUGAUCAUCUUGGUUGCCCUCCUCUGCACACGUUCAGUGCACAUCCUUCCCUGCAGUUGUUCACCCUGUGCAUGAACGCUAGGAGACUGAGAACACAGCACAGCCCUGCUCACCUGUUGGGUAUUACCUGGGAGUCGAACACCUGAGUAUAUUGAUUGAUUCAAUUUAUAUCCAGCCCUUCCUCCCCCAAGGAGCCCAAGGCAACCAAUAUAUACAAUUUAAAAGCAGAAAUGGAGCCAAAAAAAAAAAAAAGGCAUUCUAAAGCAAAUCCACUAUAAAAAAAUGCUUCCACCCAAUGAUCUCAAGGUUGCCAGUAACAGUAUUCUUCAGCCACCAAAUGCCUGGGAAAACAAGAGUGUUUUCAAACUCUUGAAAGUUAAUAAUGAUGGAGACAGUGUAUUUCAUCAUGGUGGGCAUUCCACAACUAGGGAAACACUGCUGCGAAGGCUUUCAGCACCACCAAGAAGACCACGCCUGCUGAAUGUAGGGUCUGAGAUGGUUGGGCUUGCUGAUCGGAAGGUCGGCAGUUUGAAUCCCCACGACGGGGUGAGCUCCCGUUGUUCAGUCCCAGCUCCUGCCCACCUAGCAGUUUGAAAGCACGUCAAAGCACGUGCUUCCGGCGGGAAGGUAAACGGUGUUUCCAUGCGCUGCUCUGGUUUGCCAGAAUGCUGGCCACAUGACCCAGAAGCUGUCUGCGGACAAACACCGACUCCCUUGGCCUAUAGAGCAGGAUGAGCGCCACAACCCCAGAGUUGUCCACACUGGACCUAAUGGUCAGGGGUACCUUUACCUUUAUAUACCUUUAUGUUAGUACUUACACCUUGAAUUGGUCCCAAUAGUUCACUGACAGCCAGUUCAGUGCUUUCAGAGCUAUAGUCCUAUCAGGCUGCCCCACUCAACAAGCUAACUGGUGCAUUCUAUGCUAACUAUAGAUAGCUGCCACUUUGAGAUUUGUCACUGAUGGUGGUGAUCUAUACAGUCAAUAUUGAGCACACCUUGGUGAGGACAGGUUCCAGUCACCAUGGGAGAGGAUUGCAGGGAAUGCGACAUGGACAUUGGCUUGUAAAAGUAGAGGCUGUGAGAGAUGUUGCAGGAAUUCCUUACAUCUUAGAUUGGACAUCUUGUUUUCUCUUUCUGCAGUGCUUUUACAUUUCCAGUGUUAUCAUUUUACCUCAGCCCAUGUUGCAACUUUUACAGAUCUUGAUUUGUUCUCCCACCCCUCACCCUCACCCCCUCUCAAAAUUAUUUUUUCCUUCAGGAAGGCCACUUGCUUUGUUUCGAAGCAACUGGACCGAAUUAAUUCCAGGCGGCGACAGAGUGGUUUAUGUUAAGCGAUCUGCAGCUUCAAAGACAAGCCUCUUACAAGGAGACUGGGAGAAUACGGAGCUCUCAGACAAGGAAUAA